AUGGAUCUGGGUUAUACGCCACGACAGCAUGUACCGCCUUCGAGCAUCACGUUGGGACAUUACUUAUUUUACAGACUCCGGCAGCUGAAUAUCCAGACAAUUUUUGGGCUACCCGGGGAAUUCAAUAUGCCUCUCUUAGACAAACUGUACUCCAUACCGGAUCUUCGGUGGGCUGGGAAUGCUAACGAACUGAACGCAGCCUACGCUGCUGACGGCUACUCGCGCAUAAAGAAACUAGGAUGUCUGAUAACUACCUUCGGUGUGGGUGAGUUGUCUGCCAUCAAUGGAAUCGCAGGUUCGUACGCAGAACACGUUGGGCUUUUGCAUGUGGUAGGAAUGCCCCCCAUCGCAGCCCAGGUAAAGCAGCUACUUCUCCACCAUACGUUGGGGAACGGGGAUUACAACGUUUUUCAUCGUCUUGCAAGCGACGUUUCAAUAUACACUACAGUGAUUACAGACACUGAAUCCUGUGCUAUGGAAGUUGACAGGUGUCUGACGUUGGCAUACACAAGACAAAGACCAGUUUAUUUAGGUAUCCCGGUGAACCUAGUAGACACAUUAGUAGACUCGUCGCUCCUAAAUAUUCCUCUAAACCUUAGUUUGGAGGUCAACAAUAAGGAAAUAGAGCAUGAAAUAGUGGAAUCAAUACUGCAGGAACUUUACAAAAGCAAAAAUCCCGUCAUAGUCGUUGAUGCAUGCGUGACGAGACAUAAUGUCAAGGAAGAAGUUAAACAGUUGGUGGAACUCACACAAUUCCCCGUGUUUUGUACGCCCAUGGGCAAAGGCGCAAUAAAUGAGCAACAUCCAAGAUUUGGAGGCGUAUUUGUGGGCUCAAUGUCGUCUCCCGAGGUCCGUGAAGUGGUUGACUUUAGCGAUUUUAUUUUGGUUCUAGGAGCACUUCUUUCUGAUUUUAGCACUAGCUCUUUCCAUUUUGCAUAUAGGGCUAAGAAUACCGUUUUACUAUUUGCCAAUCAUGCGAAACUUAAGAAUGCUAUGUAUCCAGACUUGAAAUUGAAAUACGUUCUUCAAGCAAUUUUAUCACGCUGCGAUCCUUCUAAAAUUCAAUAUAAACCACAGCCAGUUCCUGACGUCAUAAAGCCCAAAAUUAGACUGAUGGACAACGUUCCUCUUAGACAAGAAUGGGUUUGGAAUCAAAUAAGUCAUUGGUUUCGCGAAGGUGACAUCGUUAUAACGGAAACAGGUACAUCUGCCUUUGGUGUGAACCAAACUAGGUUCCCCAGUUCCACCACUUGUAUCUCACAAGUUCUAUGGGGUUCCGUUGGUUAUUCGGUAGGAGCAUGCUUAGGAGCAUCUUUUGCUUGCAAAGAGCGGGGCGGAAGUGGCAGAGUCAUUCUUUUCGUGGGUGACGGUGCCCUUCAAUUGACUGUUCAAGAAAUCUCGACUAUGAUUAGAUGGGGGCUAACCCCCUUCAUUUUUGUGAUGAACAACAAUGGUUACACAAUCGACAGAUUAUUGCAUAAAAAGUCAAAUGCUGGAUAUCAUGACAUUCAACCUUGGAACAAUCUGAAAAUUCUGCCGACAUUUGGUGCGGUCAACUACGACGUGCGCAAAUUGAAAACUAUUGGCGACUUUAUGCAAUUAGUACAAGACGAAAAGUUCGCUGAAAAUACUGUCCCAAAAAUGGUCGAAAUUAUUCUACCUUCAAUGGACGCCCCCCCUGCAUUGAUGGAUAAAUGGUUAAUUGAUGAUAAUUUAGAAGAAGAGCUCCAUAAACGUGUGCAUGAAUGGUAUACAAGCGACGAAUCUCCAUCCGCCUUCAAGAAAGCGAAAUUAGACACCGAAUCACAAGGUGACGAUUCUUCGAGAGUGAUUAUUCAAGAGCCCAUGAAUCCAAUAAGUUAA